ACCGCGGUUUGGGGUGCACACGAGGAAUAUUAUUGGAAAAUACCAGGGAUUAUAAGAUCUUAGUUUCACUUUUCACAACCUUUUGAGGUCGCUUUAGUGAUUUUGCUACAGUUGCUAAUCGCGGUCACGGUGUCAUGGUAACGGCCACUGUGACGGCCAACAACUGCCAACAACGGGUUGUAUGUAUGUAGCUAGUGUCGUCAACGUGUUUCUUGAUUUGGUGGUGUUGUAUCGAAAGAAAUACAACAUGAAGCCAAAGCAUGCAAAACAAUUUCCUGGGCGUGUUCCAUCUAGGCAUCAUUCCACAAGCACAGUGAAAGCAAAACUUAAGAGGCACCACAAAAAGAAGAUGCGAAAACAAAGUGGAAGCUGGACUGUCGAGCUUGAUAUUGACACGACGAAGAAAAGUCCACACACGUUCACCAUUAGUCCUUAUGAAUCCCGGCUGGAUUCAGCUGGAAAGCCUAGUAAAAAAUCAUCGAAGUUUAGGCACAAGAAGGACAAAUUUAGACAGCCCAAGGAAACAGCGCUGGCCAAGCACAAUAGACGGAGAUCAGAAUCUGAGGGCUGCUUAGGGGAUCAGGAAGCUCCAGAUAUUUCCCACUGCAUCAGCCGUGUGAGUGGAGAGGGAGCAAGUAAAGAGAAAAGUUCAAAAGGGCCUGUUGGUCCACUAUCACUAGAUGCACUGAAGCAACUAGGCAAGCUAGAAGAAGAACCUUUGGCCCGGGUGGAGGACUCUGCUUUGGAAGAAUACCCUGAACCUGACGUUGAAGAUGAACAUCAAAGGGACUCCGACGAGGAAACGAAUGAUGUUGAAGAUGAACACCAAAGUGACUAUGAGGAAAAAACGGAUUACUUUGGGGGUGCCUAUGUGUAUAGCAGUGAUGAAGAGGUAAAUGCAAGUGAAAGUGCCAGUUCUGCGAGUGAAGAUGAAACUGAACUGGACUGCACUGAGCCGAUGGACUCUUCAAACUGGUGUCACACGUCUGCCAACAGCAGUGCAUACUGUGCUGAUAGUGAAAAUGAAGAGGAGGGCUAUUCGCAACUCAGCUUGCACCCCGAACAGAGCAAGCACACCCUGAGGGUCUUCAGCCUUCAGGAGAAGCUACUGCUUGCAUUUGUUCGACAACCUACAAUGCUCAGAUUGACUGGACGUGCGACGUUGCGUGUUCUGUACGGAUCCCUCGAUGUCGAUGGAUAUAUCCUGACUCCUGCAAAUCCGCACAACAAGGAUGGCUUGUUUGUUCAGUGUGGGUUGCUCUCCCCGCCGGCAACAAUGAGACCCAUGGCCCCGCAGAGCGAUUCUGUGUACUCAAAGCUCAUGCAAGAGCUAAACCAGCUGGUUCCUGGGUCAUGGGACACAGUGUCCCCCCACUUUGAUCGAAACGCCACCGUGGUCCUACUAAAGAAGGCAGAAGGACGUUGGCCAGCAAUAGAGUUGGUCAUCGCUAACUUGGUCAAGUUGCCGCACUUGGAGAGCAGUCACGCGGGUAUGGGCUUUGACUUGAAGUCUGCAAAAGAUGAUCAUCAUCCUUGGAGCUCACAGUUUCCUGGUUUGGCUACAAAACUCAUCAAAGCUACUACUUCUGCAGAGCAACAGAUUCCCCAUGUUGUUGUAUGUGGGAUGAAAAAUUCUGGAAAGUCAACAUUUCUAAGGCAGCUUACAAAUUCCUUGCUCAAUGUGUGCUCCGCCGUGAUCUACCUUGACUGCGAUCCAGGCCAAACAGAAUUCUCACCUCCAGGGACUCUUUCUCUUGUCAAAGUCACACAUCCACUCCUGGGGCCUCCUUUUACUCAUGUGUGUACACCUGAGAAAAUGUACUUCUUGGGCGAUGUCUCUCCAGCUGCUUCCCCAGACUCUUACUCGAAUGCAAUACGCUGCUUGGUCGAAUACAAGAACCAGCAUUUUCCAAGCUGCCCCCUUGUUGUGAACACAAUGGGAUGGCUUUACGGCAUUGGGAUGUCACUCUUUGUGGACAUAAUACGUUGGGUGAACCCUACAGACCUGGUGCAGUUAGUUUCUGCAUUCAAUUUGGCCGGGUCUGUAUCACCUACUGACCUUCCCCUCCUGAAUGCCUCAACGGUACACAUGGCUUGCGGGUGGCUUUCUUCACGUAAUGAUGCAUUACCCGAGGGCCAUGAUGCUGUGCUGGGUUCAAGCUUUGCAUCUCACCACCUGAGAGCAGUUGAAGGAAAAUCAUCAAGUUCACAACCUCAAAUACUAAGACAAGGAAUGCUGUUGUCUUACCUGAGCCAAAAGCAGUGCUCAUCGGCUUUCUGUCCCUGGAGCUUGACACCAUACAGACUAGCAUGGUCAUCUGUUGCAAUUCAUGAGCACAGCUGCACUGUACAAAAGAAGGAUCUGUUACAUGUACUCAAUGCGAGUGUUGUGGCUCUGUGUACAGUACCAAAAGAAUCACUUCUGGAGACCGAAGUGGAAGGCUACCCAAUGUUUAUGAAAGGGAACCCUCCAUAUGAAUGUGUUGGCUUUGGCAUUGUGCGUGCCAUCCACCCCAAAGAAAAAGUUUUUUACAUCUUAACACCUGAGCCAAAGCACAGACUGGCAGAAGUUAAUGCUCUGAUCAAAGGAUGCAUCAAUAUCCCAGAGGUCCUUCUAACAAAACAGGCUCGCUUCCUGAAGAAAGGACAGUCACUUCCUUACCUUGCAAACAGUGCCUGCAGCGAAGUGACAUCUUACUCUGACAAUCAGAUGGAAACAAGGUCAAGGAGUGAAUCACCCUGUUACUAAGGUUUUACUCCUAAUCUGUGAAACUCUUCUUCACGCAAAAUAUUUUAUUUAUUGUGUACUAUCAGUGCAGCAGGGCAUUGCCCGGUACUAAACAUGAACCUUCGGAAAUUACGUGGUACUGUGCCACACGCAGGCUGGAGGAACUCGGGACCUUCAAGAGGCUCCGGAAACAAUGCUUCAUUCCGCAAGGAUUGCACCCUACUCUGGUACCUCACCUUACCACUGGUGUAGAGAGCGCUUCUGGAGAACUGGGAGCAGAAUGAACUAGAGGCCAAACACAGGUGUAACCUUCGUAACACAAUAAUUUACUUAGACAUAACAACUGUUAGAUACGUGAGAUAUUUAAACGAUACGAUUUAGGCAGGAGUUCAAUCGGGAGCAUAUAGAAGGGCAGUUAUACAAUGGUCGUCGAAUGGUCGAACAUAUGGAAUUAUGGCUAGAGGUUGAGUCAAAUACGUCAUCUCUUUUUCCUGUGCAUAAUACAGUGAGCUUUGUGACAUACA